AUGUCCGACGCAGCGAAGCGCCGAGUCGAAGCCAUUGGCAACCAGCUCUCCGGAAGCUCUAUCCCGGCUGUCUUCAAGGUCGCACCAACCGGUCCGCGGGUUGCCGACAAAGUGGUCAUCAUCACCGGCGCAAACUCCAUGCUGGGCAUUGGUCGAGCAUCCGCCCACCAGUUCGCAGAGCAUGGCGCCAAGGCCAUCUACAUCUGCGACUACGAUGACAGCAAUCUCGAGGCGCACAAGCGCGAGAUCAACGGCUUGUGGCCCCAGGUCGACGUGCACACGCGGAAGUUCGACGCCGCCGACGAGAAGGCGGUGAAGGAGGUGAUCGACGACGCCGUCAAGCAGUACGGCCGGCUCGAUGUCUUCUUCGCCAACGCCGGCACCGUCGGGCCCCAUGCACUCUUCAGCGAGAUCGACGCCGACGACUUCAUGAACGUGCUCCGCGUGAACUCCCUCAGCGUCUUCCUCGCCGCCAAACACGCCGCGCCGGCCAUGCAGCGGACCUCGCCAGCCAAGCCCGCGGCGUCGGGUAGCAUCAUCGCGACGGCGUCGGUGGCCGGGCUGCGGUCCAACGCGGGCAGCACGCCUUACUCGGCGUCCAAGGCGGCGGUGGUCUCGAUGGCACAGACGGUGUCGUACCAGCUCGCGGGCACGGGGGUGCGGGUCAACGCGCUGUGCCCGGGGCUCAUCGAGACGGGCAUGACGGCGGUCGUGUUCGACGCGGCGCGCGCGCGCGGCACCGAGGGCAAGAUCGGCCAGCUCAACCCCCUGAAGCGGGCCGGCCACGCGGACGAGAUCGCCCGCGUGGCGCUCUUCCUGGGCAGUGACGAGAGCAGCUACGUCAAUGGCCAGGCGUGGGCCGUGGAUGGCGGGUUGAGCGCCGGCCAUCCGUAUGUGCAGGGGAGGAUGGGGUGA